CCGACGCGCAACUCCAACUCGACACGGCCAGGCACGCCAGCAGCGACGCCAACGCCGAAUGGGCGGACGCCAUCACGCCAGAAAUGGUCCAACAACCAGUGCCCACGGCCGCCCAUAUACCGCCGCACGCUCGCGGGGUGGUGGGCGCCAUCAUAACGGAGCACACGAAGGCUUUCGCCCACGAGAUCCACCACGGCACCCCGGAGUCCAUCACCAAGGCGGCCAAGCGUUGGUUCAUGCUCCCUAAGCUGCUGUUCGGGCACGCCAACCUCCGAGGCGGCAAGAGAGGCAACGCUCAGCUCACCACUACGCUGUUCCGCCGGGCCACGGAGAUCAGGGAGCACCGCGAAGCGCAGCUUUGGGGCGCCGUCCUUGAUUCCGCCCCACCUCCUUUGCGCGCCAGGCGGAAGACUACCGCAGAGCACGACGUUAUGACGGCGCGCAAACUCGUGGAGGCAGGCGCCGUGGGCAAAGCUACGAGAGUCCUCCGCGAAGCGCUCGAAAUUGCAGGAGACCAGCUGACCCUGCAAGCCGCACCGCAGCUCUUCCCACACCAUCAACCACAGCCACCAGCAGCCUACGACGAACAGGACGACGAGCAGCAACAGUUCGAGCUACACUUCGCCAGAGCCUUGCGGGCCGCACCAAAACGAAGCGCAGCUGGGCCCGACGGGCGGCGGUACGAGCACUUCCAACUCGUCCAAACUGACCUGUCCGCUCUGUGUGCCCUGGCCACAGUGGCCGCAGCACUAGCCCGCGGCACCCUCCCGCAGGAAGUGCAGGAACUGGCGACGGCCGCCCGCCUCCUCCCGCUCACCAAGAGCCCCACCCGAAUCCGCCCCAUCAACCUCGCCAGCCCGCUCCGCCGUCUCGCGUCCAAGGCGGUCAACAAAAUGGCGGCGGACGAGGUCGCCGAGGGGCUUCGCGGCAAGCAGUACGGGUACAAGCACACGGCUGGGGCGGAACUAGUCCACAAGCACGUGUCCACUGCCCUCCACGUCCGCCCGGACUACGCCGUGCUCUCUCUGGACGCUGCAGACGCCUUCCAGAACCUGAGCAGGGUGUACAUCAACGAAGGUAGUCUACCACGACACCGGGGGCAGAAGACACAUUUGGAACCAACGACGGGGAUCUUCCAGGGGUGCGGCAUGGCCACCACGCUCUUCUGCCUCGGACUCGACCGAGCCCUCGAGAGGGCCAAACACCAACUCGACGCAGCAGGUAUACAGCACGAGCUCUUCGGCUACAUCGACGACCUCACCAUCCUUGCGAAGCCUGAAGACCUGCCCACCAUAUACGCAGCAUACACCAACGCACUCAGCCAAGCCGGCCUCCAAACACGCGUCGACAAAUGUGAGGUGUGGGCGAGGAAUCCUGCCGCGAUACCAGCGGGCCUACCCGUGCCGCGAGUAGAGCAGCCCACCAUCUUACGACAACACGCCGACGACUACUCCGGCCUGGCACCGACGCCGGUAACCGCCGACCAGCACGCCGAGGAGGGCAGCCUGCACUCACCCGCCUCGCCGCGACUACAACGCCAACGAACCAGGAGGACGACUGCCAUGGCCAGACUCAUGGACCUUCACAAAGCCGGCCUAGACGUUCAGACGUCUUUGGUACUUCUACGAACCCUCACUGCAGGAGACAUGACUUGGCACAUGCGCACCACCGGGGUUCCCGCCCAAACGGCGACACAGCUCGACGCCGACCUGCUCAGCACACUGGAGGAGCUAGUACAAACGCACGACCUCACAGCGGAGCAGAAAGAGAAAUACUGGCACCCUGUCGCUUUGGGCGGCUUGGGAUUCCAGAGCGUGAGCGCAGCGCGCCUGGAUGCCCAAGCGGCCUCGUGGGCGCUCUGCGAGAAGCCAGUGCUCCAGCGACUGGGCCUCCGCGACAGAGAUGACCUUCUCCACUACUGCCCGGGCUUGAGACCGGCGCUCCACCGCCUCCAGAGCACUGUCAACGCGCUGACACAGGAAGAGGCAGCACAGCAGGCGCCCGACACGGAGCCGCCCGACACCACCCAGCGGCGCUUUACCAGGCACAGGCGGCACGCAGAGUGGACGCAGUGGCUGCGACGCACCCAGACGGAACCGCAUCAACGGGCCUGGGCUCUUAGCACGACAGGCAAGGGGGCAGGCGCGUGGCUCGGGCCGCCCACGCGGCCCGACCACCACCUCGCUGACGCCCACUUCAGGAUGGCCGUGAGACACAGACUCGGAGGUCUCGCACGCGCAGCUGACGGCCCCUGCCCCUUCAGAAAGGAGGACGGAACCCUCUGCACCGGCACCGUCGACACUAACGGACGCCACGCGCUUUGCUGCUCCUAUGGCGGCUUCAUGGUUAAGAGGCACAACAACCUGCGCGACACCAUCGCGCGAGCCCUACGUGAAGCCGGCAUUUGCGACAUCGCAGUCGAGCCAUGGAUUCGCCCGCCCACCGGGCCGGGCAAUCCGGGUCUCCGCGCGGACCUCAGAUGCACCGACAGUGACGGCCAGUGGGCUUAUCUGGACUUAACGAUCGUGCAUCCCGCCUCGCAGCAGAGCCUGCAGGCCGGCGGGGCCCACACCCAAGGCACCGCUGCGAGACUGGCCGAACAGGCCAAGCGCCGCAAAUACAACGGAGUCGCUGGUUUCCAACCCCUCGGCUUCGAAGUGUCGGGAGCCAUGGGCGAGUCCACCCGGAAAUGGCUCGCGCAGCAAGUGCCUGAGGGCCCUGGGCGACUGGAGACUCUCAGCACUCUCCACCGGUCCAUCGCCACCUGCGUGGUCCGGGAG